AUGACUGUCCCCACGACCCAAGAUCGGAGUCGCUUCGAGACAACCAAACGUCUCCUAGCCCAGCUUGUGAACGAGGGGUUCGCAGUUGCGACCCUGAUUCACCAGCAGUUAAUCUUCCACAGUGCCAAUGGGGACAAGGACUUGUGGAUUAGAGCCCACCGUCGCCAUGACACAGUGAUCAAUACCGAAGGAAAUCGGGUCCUUCCACCUUUACGACCAGAAUGCUUGCAACCACCCGUUCUUCUCGGCAAGGGAGACUCGGAAACACAGGAACUGGAACCGGGCGCCAUAUUCCGUUUUAUUCUUCCUUGGUUUACACAUACCGCGGAAGAGAGCAUUCUGCAGACAAUGGCAGAUCAGUUGCGGAACUCAGCUGAGAUGCAGGUUCUAAGCCAGAAGACUAAAAACCAACUACAGUUCCACCGAUCAUGCUGGGCUAUCCCGCCCCUGAAACCCGUCCUCCCAGAACACAUCCCAGAGAUGAUCGCCCCAUCCCUCUCGUUCGUAUCAAUCCCCCGCAAGGACAUGCGCGUGACGGGUCCAUUCGAGACGACUCUCGAACCGCUCCUCCAGAAGCUAGGAAUCCCCAAGCCAGCAGACGAAAAUACCCUGAUCGUUCCGUGCCUGACCCGCCAAAUCCCCGCCAUCCUUCACCAUUUCGAGAACGCGACUGUCAUCGCAGAACGAUCCUCCAUCGCCGACGCUCAGGCUUCAAUGCGGACUGUAACCCUGCGCCCGGAACUAGAGUUCAACUACCACCUGAAGCUCGCACUCGCGUGUCAAAUCACCUCUGCGGUUCGGACGGUAACACCCUGGACAACGGGGCAGGGACGCGCGAUAUCGGAUCUGCUCGAGAAGACCCUCCCGGCGGAUCUGUGGGUGUUCAAAGAGGUAGCAGCCGUUACGGGGCGUCAGGAGGAUUUCCAUGCCGCGAAGCAUCUAAGCUGUGUGCUCCGGGAGGAUCUCGAGCCCAGAGCCCGGAUGGACAAUGAAACGUUGGUGGUUGCAGCGGCGUUGAUGGAGCGGCAUCCCCAGGAUGGCAAGACGUAUCCGGAGAGGUUAUUUAGCCUUGACACCGUCGAGGCGAGGAAGGAGUGGUUUCGGACAGCUAUGCUCCACCCACUCGUCCAUCACGGCAUCGCCCUCGAAGCGCACGCCCAAAACACCGUCGUCCGUCUCUGCACUGCAACGGGUAAGAUAAAAGGCUUCGCCAUCCGCGACUUCGGCGGGGUGCAUUUCCACAAACCCACGCUUCGAGAGCAGGGCUUCACCCUCGACUGGGAGAUCCCUGGUAGUCUCACCUUAACCGAUGAUUUGAUCUCUGUGUGGAAACUGGCCAGCCACACGCUGCUCCAGUGCCAUGUGCCUAGUCUUCUGUAUGCACUGAGGUUGGAGACGCAUGGAGGGUGUGGGGUUGUGAUGGAGGAGUUGGAGAGUGUCUUGGAGGGGUUUGGCGGCGAUCUAGCGAGGGGGUUGUUGGAGUAUUUUUGCGAAGGGACGGUGGUUAUGAAGUCGUUUCUGAGGAUGCUUAUGGCGGGGAUGUAUCGUGAGGCAGGAGGACCGGACGCCCUCUGUGCAAAAUGCCGCCGCAUAGACUGGAGCUGGCUCGGAAUCCAGAAGUACCUGGAUAUGCUUGAUAGGCCAACUAAUUUAAUGUACCCGCUUGCGGAAGCUAUAAAGUCUGCGGCCACUUGUUGGGUCUGUGGAUGGCUGGUUGCUAUGGCAGAAGACAAGCAUCAUGAUGAUGCCGUAUCUGGUAGGGUUGUUGUUGAGAUAACAAGGAGUGGGGUUCCAAUACUGGGGCGCGAGGAGUUGCAGCGCAGUCAAGUCGAUAACCUACCUUCUCUGUACCGGAUCGAGGUCCUUGUUCGCGAGCGGUAUGGUCCUGGUCUGGAAUACCGCAGAGGCUUUAUCCACAAGGCCAGUGGGACUCGAGGGCCGGUGCACGUUUCCGAUAUGCUUGACUCGUGGGACACGGUGGAAGCCGAGCCUUACUCUGCACGACUGCGUCCUGUCAAGGCUGACACGCGACUAUUCAAAUUCUGGAAAGAUUACUGCAUCGAGGAGCAUGGGAAUUCGUGCGAAAGGAGCGGAUGCACCCCGGAGCGUCUGCGCUCGAUGCCCUUUAUUCGGUUGGUUGAUGUUCUCAGAGAUUGCAUCGUCGCUUUGUCUACUUCCGAGCAUGUGAAGUGGGUGGCGCUGAGCUACGUCUGGGGCGAGGCUCAAAAGCACGAAUUGGUGACGGCGAACUAUACCUUGUACCACCUGCCAGGGGCACUAAAGUCUCACAAAAUGCCUGCGACAAUAGUCGAUGCUAUGGCGGUUACCAGGGACCUUGGUGAGCAGUAUCUUUGGGUGGAUUCGCUCUGUAUCAUCCAGGACAACGAAGAGGAUAAGCGUCGUUAUAUUCCGGCUAUGGACAUUAUAUACGGACAGGCAAUUGUGACGAUCAUCAACGCCGGUGCAGAUAAAGUGUCCACUGGCAUUCCGGGUCUAGGGCAAGGCCCUCAGCGUACGGCCCAGGAUGUGUUUACGAUCAACAAUUCGACGGUUGCGGUGUCGCUCGAUCAGCCAUAUCAUAGCGCAGAAUCGUAUCUGAAAAACACCAAGUGGAAUACUCGAGGUUGGACGUACCAGGAGUGCCUCCUGUCGCGACGAUGUCUGAUAUUCACCCCGGAGCAAGCUUACUGGCAGUGCCUUCGGGCAUCUCUAUGCGAAGAUGCAAUCUGGGAACAGCCGAUCUGGAAACAACAGCCCAACAUAUACAGACACUGCCUUGGUCGGGACGGCACCGAUGAGAUCACGAUGGGGUCCUUACUGGGGAAUGCAUCUACCCACUGGUCCAAACUGUACUCAUUGGCCUUGGAGCGAUUCCGCCAGCGACAGGUCUCAUCAGAAAGUGACUGGAUGGAUGCAUUUACAGGUAUUCUUCGGGUCCUAGAGCACUCAAAGGGACAAGAGUUCUUCUGGGGCAUGCCGAAAAGUCGAUUCGAGAUUUCCUUAGCGUGGGUUGGGAACGAAGCUCUCAGACGCAACACCGCUUGCCAGGUCAUAGCGGCAGGCACUCAGACUGUUUCCUGUCCCUUUCCGAGUUGGUCGUGGACUGGGUGGUUUGGAUCAAUCGUUACGGAUGUCCAGAACUUCCAUGGGUCAACUACGCUCCUCCCGCUUAGAUUUUAUCGACUAGGCAGUGAUGGUGUCCCAACGCCCCUCCACGACAACCUGGACGACGUUCUGUCUGAGUUCCACAACGAUAGUGUCGUUGCCCACGGCAGAGCAAUUAGUUUUCCUCCUAAAAACAACCCAUCAGAUCAUACUUGGAUGGAUACAGCAAGGACCGAAAUUACCACCCUUGACAUUCAGGGUAGCAUCCGUUUCUGUGACAUCGCUCCAUCGCUUCUUUGCUUUUGGACUAGCACGGCCAUCCUGGAGAUCUCGCAGGACAGGCAAAGAUCCAAAAGCGAGCCUUUCAAGGAAAACACUACACUUAGUGACGGACAGGCAAAGGUCAGCGGACAGCACCACUGGAGGGAACCACGGCUUGACGUUAAACAGGGCAAGUUCAUCGUGGUUGGUGCUAUCCACACAAAGCUCAAUCAGGGAUCACUAUUCACUCUAAAGCUAAUGUUGGUCGAAGAAUGCGACUCUGGAGUGUGCUACCGGCGCUGUAUUAUUAGCAACGUCUUAGCAUCAACCUGGGCAAAGUUGGGCAAUCUCAAAUGGGAGUUGAUUUAUUUAGGUUAG